UCUUUCUUUCUUUCUUUCUUUCUUUCUUUCUUUCUUUCUUUCAACACUCAGCCUGCGAUGAGCGCUCGCCUACAGUCACGGGGGGCUGCGCGAAACGAGGCGCACUUCCGCCAGGUCGCUCGCCUCGCGCGCGCGCGCGCGAAAUCGAAAGUAAGACCCCCCGCGGACACGGCGCAGUCGGAGCGGCUCCCUCCCUCCAGCGAGCAGCGGUCGCCGACGGUGUCGGAGCGCAGCCCGGGUUCGGACCCUACGCCCUCAUGGAGCUCUCGGAACACAUCAAGACGGCCACGGUGGAGAAGGUGCUGCUCACGCGGCCGCUCGAACCUCCGGCCACGGGGACCCUCUGCGUGACCGGACACCACCUGCUCUUCUCCGGUUCCGAUGGACGCGGACCGGUCCAGCUGCAGCUGCUGCUCAGGAACGUGGACGGAGUGGAGAAGAGCGUGGAGAACCUGCUGGAACACUCAGGCCUGCGGUCGAGAUCAGGUCCCACACACAGGGCCUGCGAGUCCUCGGGGAGCCUCAUCGUCAAGUGCAAAGACCUGCGUGUCCUCCAGCUGGACAUCCCGGGCAUGGAGGAGUGUCUCAACAUUGGCAACUCCAUCGAGGCGCUGUCCUCGCUGGACGAGCUCACGGCUCUGUACCCCUUCUACUACCGCCCCUCCUUCCUGAGCCUGCAGGACCCCUGGGGACUCUCGUCCCCUGAGCGGGACUUCAGAGACAUCGAGGCGCUCACGGACAGCUGGCGGCUGACCCAUGUCAACAAGGACUUUGCAGCGUGUCCCUCCUACCCCCCCGCCCUCAUUGUCCCUCGCUGCGUGGACGACGAGACGCUGGUGAAGGCUGCUCGGUUCCGGCAGGGGGGGCGAUUUCCUGUCCUCUGUUAUUACCACCGGUCAAAGGGAACGGUGAUUAUGCGCAGCAGCCAGCCGCUGCAAGGAGCCAAUAGGAAGCGCUGCAGGGAGGAUGAGCUCCUCCUCCAGGCAGUGAUUGACGGCUCUCCGAUGGGUUACAUCAUCGACACGCGAUCGGCGCCACUCGCCCAGCAGGCUCGCGUGACGGGGGGCGGGUUUGAGUCCAAGGCCAACUACAGCCCGUGGAGGAGGCUCCACCGCCACCUGGACCGGGGAAAAGUUCUCCAGGACAGCCUGACCAAGCUGGUGGAGGCCUGCAGCGACCAGUCCCACGGUGUGGACCGCUGGCUCGGUCGCCUCGAGGCCUCGCGCUGGUUGUCCCACGUGCAGAACGCGCUCGCCGCCGCCGGGCUGCUGGCCGAGUGCGUGGAAAGGGAGGGGCGCUCGGCGCUGGUUCACGGCUCGGAGGGGACGGACGCCACCCUGCUGCUGACCACCGUGGCCCAGCUGAUCCUGGACCCGCGGUGCCGCUCGCUGCCGGGUUUCCUGCGCCUGCUGGAGAGGGAGUGGCUGCAGGCGGGACACCCGUUCCGGCAGCGCUGCGCCCGCUCGGCCCACUCGCACGCCCGUCCCCGGCAGGAGGCGCCCGUCUUCCUGCUGCUGCUCGACUGCGUGUGGCAGGUGCAGCGACAGUUUCCGCUCGCGAUGGCCUUCGGGGAAACCCUGCUGCUGCGCCUCGCCCAGGAAGCGUACGCCUCCGACUUCGGCACCUUCCUCUGCAACAGCGAGCGCGAGAGAUGUGCUCUGGGGGUCAAGGAGAAGACUCACUGCUUGUUCCGGUUCCUGCUCAGACCCAGCGAGAGGGACAAGUACGCCAACCCUCUGUACCAGCCGACAGACCUGGCCAUCUGGCCCUCUGUCCACCCACAGUGCUUACAGCUCUGGCACGGCCUGUUCUUCCAGUGGACUCGCAACAACAGGUACCUUGAGGAGGCUGAAGAAGAGAUCCGGUGCUUAGUGGCUCAGAGCAGAAAGCGAUCCUGUAGGCAGAGCAUGUCACAGGUGGGGGGUGACACUAGCAGGACCCCCUCAACUGUGGCAGACUGCUGAAGCGACACGCAAGCGGCCUCUCCACAGUGACACACAGAGGUCACCUAAGGGGCAGCGCUGCCGAAAAGGGAGGAACAAGAGGAAUCCUCACAGCGGUGAAACCGAAGCGGUAUCUCUCCAGGGACACUCGGAGCUCAAUUCAGUGUCCCUUGCUGCGACAUCCUGUUUUCAAGUUCAAGUCGUUUUUAUCGUCAUUCCUCUAUAUUUAUAGCUUUUGUAUACAGCGGAACGAAAUGUCGUUUCUCCGGAGACCAUGGUGGUGCAACACAGAACAGAGUAGAGGACAGCAAGUACACAGGACAGGACAUGGACGCGGACAUGGCUGCGAACCGUAAGAAGUUUGUAGCGUAUGGAGUCGUGCUGGGGUUGCUGUUUGACUGCGCCAGGUGAGCGUUGGGAGGCAGCAGGGUGUCGAGUAAUCUGACCGUGUCAGGGAAGAAACCGUUGCGGAGUUUAGGCAGCCGUAACAAAUUUCUGCUAAAAGAUGCGAAAAAAUGUGCAACCGAAUCUUUCCUGCAUUACGAUAAACGGUCGUACUGAGAGGGUUCAAAGAUUUUCCCACAAAUGUCUCUGUAUACGAUUUUGGAUGAUCUUGAAUCCUGCUCCAUUUCUCUGGUUGCGGGUUCAAAUCCCACCUGCAGCUGUAGUACCCUUGAGCAACAUAUUUACCCUGAA